AUGGGUAUUGCUACUUGCUAUCCUUGUGCCAAAUAUCUAUUAUUGGCUUUGAAUCUUUUUUUUUGGUUAAGUGGUUUUGCAUUAAUUACUCUUGGUAUAUAUUUUCUAUUACGUCCUGAAGUUCAAAAUAUUAUUCAUUUGUUUAAUUUUACUACUUUACCAUUAUCGUCUAUUGAACUAUUAGCUUGUCUUCUUAUUCUCUUUGGUAUUAUCAUAUUUCUUAUUGGACUCUUUGGAUAUUGUGGUGCACAACAAGAAUCUCGUACUUGUCUUAUACUUUAUAUUGUUUUGGUAACAUGUGUUCUUCUUGCUGAAUUAGCUCUAUUCAUAUUUAUUGCAAUGUAUCAUGAACAAGGACAAGUACUUGUAAAACAACAUCUUGUAUCACAAGUGAAAAAAUAUAAUCAUAUGUAUCCAAGUCAAUAUGAAAAAGCAAUAGACUAUGUUCAAAGCAAGUAUCAUUGCUGUGGUAUUGAUUCAGCUUAUGAUUACACUGAAUCACAUAUACCAUUAUCUUGCUGUUCUAUGACAUCUUCAUCAUCUUGUACUGUUCAUCAAGUUGGUUUAGCUGGUACACCAGGAUGUUUUUCUUCAUUAACACAAACAACAUUUUUCUGGACAAAGUUUAUUAUUCUAAUUGAACUUGGUUUAUGCGCUCUAUCAUUAAUUGGUGUUUUUCUCGCUAUUUGUGUUUGCCAAAAUACAAUGCUUUAUAAUGGAUAUACACAAACACCAUAUUAUAUUUAA